AUGAAGGAUGAGAAAAAGAGACUGGCUCAUGUCGUAGAUGGCAAAAUGAUAAUUAAGGUGCAGUAUCAGAACCGCAAGAAAUACAUCAAAUUACAAACUCCUAAUUUUGAAGAAUUCAUUUCUGAAGUAGCAGUGACGGUGAAACAUCAAGACCAUCCAAGCGAAAGAGGGGUGAUGAAGAAGCCAGUUCUUCAGCCAGAGAUGAGAAUCCCUCAGCGCGUUACUAAAGAGAAAUAUGCACUGGGAAUCGUGACUUUAUUUCCUGCACUGAAGGAUCCCCUAUCCAGGAAAGGAUAUGAACAUUUUUACGACAGCCAAAGUGGCUCUGGCUUCUUGGCGUGGCGGCUCAAGACAAUUCAGAGAAAGACAAAGCUUGGGUCCAAGGAACCAAAAAUACAGACAGGAGGAGGUGGUCCAAGACAGGAGAGGGAGCUGCCUCAGAUUCGUGGCCAGCUGGAUGAAGAGCGCUGUAAAGAGGUCAUAUCCUUGAUGAACCACACAAGUGACAGAGAAAUCAUCCUGCAGAAGAUGAAGGAGACCUUUGAAUACAGGCAGCACCUCAUCCACAAUCCUGAUGAGUCUCACAACAUACUCUCAGUGUUUCCAAGGCUGCUGGACAUUAAAGGGCUGAUACAUCAAGAUUUCAGCCUCCUCUUUGGACCAGAAACGGCUGCUAAACUGCUUGAGAAGUGGCAUACGUCCUUCAAAGGAAAGGUGAUCAGAGAAGCAGAGAGCCUUACAACCACCCCUGUGCUCCAGAGUUUGCUGAAGUCUGCCAAGAAUCCGAACAAUGAUGCAUUCUCUGAGGAUCGCCCAGAGUGGGACAGCGACAUGGCAUCUUUGCUACUGCUCCUGCAUAUCCUACCACCUCAGCCUAACAAAAAGAAAACACAGAAGAUCAGCGCAGCUCAAGCCAUGGACCAUCUAGUUGUGUUUCACAAGUCAUGCAGAAGCCUUCAAGAACACCUAGAGAACCAGGAGGGACAUCGCCAACCGUAUCUUCUUGCUUCUGGAACCUCCAAACAGGCCAUCAGUGCUUACUACGUUGUGAUGGACAAGAAGCUCAUCCCCUGCCAGGGAGCCACAUCAUUGGCAGCCUUUGAUGAACUUUUUAAAGUGCACUUCGUUUUCAGUGUAAGUUAUGAUGAUGCUCUCAACAACAUGUACACAUUCCUUCAAACAACAGUCUACAGUAUUGAUGUUGACACCACUAAAGAGAGUCCAAAGGUGAAGGAGUUGAGAGCCAAGUUUAUGAACAGGAGCUAAGAGCCAAGUUCCUUAAAUUACAU